UUAUUAUGCCCAAUCACCCCAUGCACACAAAGAGCGACACAAAAGAGACGAAAAUUAUCAAGAAAAAAACAGGACUGCGCGUCCCCAGAAGCACUGCACUUAUGAAGGCAUUAUUCAAUUAUUAUGCCCAAUCACCCCAUGCACACAAAUAGCGACACAAAAGAGACGAAAAUUAUCACGAAAAAAACAGGACUGCGCGUCCCCAGAAGCACUGCACUUAUGAAGGCAUUAUUCAAUUAUUAUGCCCAAUCACCCCAUGCACACAAAUAGCGACACAAAAGAGACGAAAAUUAUCACGAAAAAAACAGGACUGCGCGUCCCCAGAAGCACUGCACUUAUGAAGGCAUUAUUCAAUUAUUAUGCCCAAUCACCCCAUGCACACAAAGAGCGACACAAAAGAGACGAAAAUUAUCAAGAAAAAAACAGGACUGCGCGUCCCCAGAAGCACUGCACUUAUGAAGGCAUUAUUCAAUUAUUAUGCCCAAUCACCCCAUGCACACAAAUAACGACACAAAAGAGACGAAAAUUAUCAAGAAAAAAAAACAGGACUGCGCGUCCCCAGAAGCACUGCACUUAGGAAGGCAUUAUUCAAUUAUUAUGCCCAAUCACCCCAUGCACACAAAGAGCGACACAAAAGAGACGAAAAUUAUCAAGAAAAAAACAGGACUGCGCGUCCCCAGAAGCACUGCACUUAUGAAGGCAUUAUUCAAUUAUUAUGCCCAAUCACCCCAUGCACACAAAGAGCGACACAAAAGAGACGAAAAUUAUCAAGAAAAAAACAGGACUGCGCGUCCCCAGAAGCACUGCACUUAUCAUUUGUUGUUCGGUGAAAAAAAUAUAUUCAAAAAGAAGCUUCACGAAUCACCCGCUUUGAACCCAUCGUCUUCUGUUGAAGAGACCGACGAAAGCAGCCCGGAGGACGGUGGACCAGGUGAAUUUCCAGGUGCAGGUGCAGGUGAAUUUCCGAUGACACUGGCCGAUCUGUUGUGCGGUGAAGCCGCCAAGCGGGCCGCCCAGGAACGGUCGGAAGCUCAAAAGGCACAGGACGCGACGCUCGCUAGCAUUGAGGCCGAGUCGAAAAAGACGUCGGCCGAACCGAAGGAACCCGCUGCCGUCACCCAGAUCGACUUCUCCAAGUACUCGAAAAAGGCCGUCAGUUAUCUGGCGAGAAACUUCUACAACCUCAAGUACGUGGCAGUUGUGCUGGCGUUCGGAAUCAACUUUAUGCUGCUGUUCUACAAGGUAACGACAUUCGGCGACGAUGAGGAAGCUGCCGAGGGAUCUGGCGAGGAUUUGAUGGGACUGGCAUCGGGAAUGGGCUCUGGUCUGGUUAACGCCGUACUGGAAGGCGGUAGUGGCGAAGGAGGUAGCGGAGAAGGUGAAGAGGACGGCGAAGAUCCGCUGGAGAAGGUCGAAGUGGACGAAGACUUUUUCUACAUGGAACACGUGAUGCGUAUUGCCGCCUGCCUGCACAGCUUGGUAUCGUUUUGCAUGCUGAUCGCGUACUCCCACCUCAAGGUUCCGCUGGCCAUCUUCAAGCGUGAAAAGGAAAUUGCUCGACGACUGGAAUUCGACGGGCUGUUCAUUGCUGAGCAACCCGAGGACGACGAUAUCAAAUCCCACUGGGACAAGCUGGUCAUUUCGGCCAAAACGUUCCCCGUCAACUAUUGGGACAAGUUCGCCAAGAGGAAGGUCCGCGCAAAGUACAGUGAAACGUAUGACUUCGACUCGAUUUCGAACUUGCUCGGAAUGGAAAGAAACGCAUUUGCCACACAGGAAGGAACCGAGGGUGUUGGCUUCUGCCACUUUAUUGCAAACAUCGACUGGAGAUACCAGAUCUGGAAGGCCGGGUUGUGGUACUUUAUCUUCACGGUUAUGGGCAACUUUAACAACUUCUUCUUCGCCGCUCACUUGCUCUAUGUGGCCGUCGAUUUCAAGACGCUGCGUACGAUCAACUCGGCGGCUAGCGCAACCCUUGCGAAAACCGAGUCAGUAACAACAUUGGUAACAACAAGGUUUCGAUCAAAACGUUCCUGUUACUCAACUGCAAACUUCCCCCGGAAGCUGAACAAGUUCAACGCGGCCUGCUAGAAGUGGUUCCCAUGGUGGUCGUUUUCUUCGAAAGUGUUAACACCCGCACCACACUCCAAAACGACCGGCAUCGGCACGACGGGACAAAAACCAGCUGCACAACAAAAUAAGAACUCUUCCGGGACCAGGAAGCACCUGACGUGACGUCGUGCAGAUUCAAGGAAAUAAUCAGCUCCAGAAAGACAUUCCGUGAACUCGCUGGUUACUGCGAUUAAUGCAACAAAAUAAACAGAAAAAAAAUUGAACGAUUUUAAAAA